AUCUCUCCCCUACCAUCACCUACUUCUGUAUAUUUAACUCAACCUAAAUCUCAAAACCUACCAGUGAAGAAUUGCAAAACCAAACAUCUACCUUCCCUUUACCAAAAAAAAAGAAACCAGAAACUCCUGUUUCCAAACCAAACACCUCUCUUUUCUUGAACAAUGGAAGAUGCCAAGAUAGAUAAUAAUACUAAUAAUAAUAUUCAUCAUCAAGAAUUCAUUUUCCGUUCCAAACUUCCUGAUAUCUAUAUCCCAAACCACCUUCCUCUACACACAUAUUGCUUUGAAAACAUUUCCCAAUUCAAAGACAACGCUUGCCUGAUCAAUGGUGCUACCGGCGAUGUCUACACUUACGCAGACGUUGAACUCACCUCACGUAAAGUCGCCGCCGGUCUUCACAAGUUGGGCAUCAAACAAAAUGAAGUCAUCAUGAUUUUGCUCCAAAAUUCACCGGAGUUCGUGUUUGCAUUUCUUGGCGCAUCAGUUCUUGGCGCUAUCAGCACAACCGCUAACCCUUUCUACACUCCGGCGGAGAUCAAGAAACAAGCGAGCGCAUCAAAUGCAAAGUUGAUAAUAACACAAGCAGCAUAUGUUGAGAAAGUGAAGGACUUUGCUAAUGAAAAUGGUAUCAAAAUAAUGACAAUUGAUUCUCCACCACCAGCACUUGAUGACUGCCGAGAUUGUUUACACUUCUCAGAGCUGACAAAGGCUGAUGAGAACGACAUCCCCGCCGUCAAGAUCAACCCUGAAGACGUGGUGGCGCUUCCCUAUUCAUCGGGAACUACAGGUCUACCUAAAGGUGUGAUGUUAACUCAUAAAAGCCUUGUCACUAGCGUUGCACAGCAAGUUGAUGGAGAGAACCCGAAUCUUUAUUUUCACGAGAAAGAUGUGAUUCUUUGUCUGCUGCCAUUGUUUCACAUAUAUUCUCUGAAUUCUGUUUUGCUCUGCGGGCUAAGAGUUGGUGCGGCGAUCUUAAUUAUGCAAAAGUUUGAGAUUACUGCAUUAAUGGAGCUUGUACAAAAGUAUAAGGUGACAAUUGCUCCGUUCGUGCCUCCGAUCGUUUUAUCGAUCGCCAAAAGUCCGGCGGUUGACAAGUAUGAUCUUUCUUCGAUUAGGACGGUGAUGUCUGGAGCAGCCCCAAUGGGGAAGGAGCUUGAAGAUACCGUGAGAGCUAAGCUGCCUAAUGCUAAACUUGGACAGGGUUAUGGAAUGACAGAGGCAGGGCCAGUACUAUCAAUGUGCUUAGCAUUUGCAAAGGAACCUUUCGAAAUAAAAUCUGGUGCCUGUGGCACUGUCGUUCGAAAUGCAGAGAUGAAGAUCGUCGAUCCUGACACCGGCAAGUCCUUGCAGCGAAAUCAAGCCGGAGAGAUAUGCAUUAGGGGUAGCCAAAUCAUGAAAGGUUAUCUGAAUGAUCCAGAGGCAACAGAGAGGACCAUAGACAAAGAAGGAUGGUUGCAUACAGGUGAUGUUGGGUACAUUGAUGGUGAUGAUGAGUUAUUUAUCGUUGAUCGAUUGAAGGAAUUGAUCAAAUACAAUGGCUUCCAAGUGGCCCCAGCCGAGCUUGAGGCAAUGCUGAUUGCCCAUCCUAGCAUAUCUGAUGCUGCUGUAGUACCAAUGAAAGAUGAGGCCGCAGGGGAGAUUCCGGCUGCAUUUGUGGUGAGAUCAAACGGUUCUAAGAUCACUGAGGAUGAUGUCCAACAAUACAUUUCAAAACAGGUUAUUUAUUACAAGAGAAUAAGAAGAGUUUUCUUCACAGAUUCAAUUCCUAAAGCUCCAUCAGGCAAAAUCUUGAGAAAAGACUUAAGAGCCAGACUUGCAGCUGGUGUUCCUACCUAAUUUUAGUCCCGAUAAACGAAUCAUGUGCUACAUAAAUUCAGCCUUCAACAGGAGUUUACAAAAAGAAAAGAAAAGAAAUGUUUGAUGUAAUUAAUGUAUCUUCCAAAGCAUAAAAAAGGAGAGGAGCUGAUCUUUGUAGGCUUGUAUUAAUUUUGUUUUUUGUGUAUAAAUUAUGCCAUAAAUAAUUCAAAAUAUGUCCACUUUAUUUUAUAUAUAUAUAUAUAUAUAUAUAUUACUGUUA